CCUGCUCCAACUCACAUGGUAUUUUAAAGCAAACCAAGCAAACAAACUUUUAACAAAAUCAAAACAUUGCAAAACAUUUUUAUUUGUAACCGAAUUGGAUUCUGAUUAUAUGUCGAUGUUUCAAAAACCAUAAAAAUGAACAUGCGCUUAUUUUCAGCUGUGAAAUGGAUCUUUAUCGUUAUCACCAAUCUUUGUAAUAAUUAAAAUGAAUGAAAUGGAUACAAAAAUGUUAUUAAACAUUGAAACAAAGCAAGGCACAGAAUUCUCUAACAAUGUUAAUAGGAAGUGCGAGGAUGAUGAAAACAUUUGGUGGGCAAGUGAAAGCACUUCAAGCACUGGAUCUUACAGCCCUGACUCUAGCAGUUCUAUUGCUGAUUGGGAAGCUGAAAUUAGUCCAACUGGCGAAGUAUUCUACAUUGAAUCUUACCCAGAUUUUGUUGUUAUCAAUGAAAAAUUACCGGAAAAUGAGAAUCAAUUUAAGUCAACUCAAUUUUCCAGACGAAAAAAUACGUCUGGAAGGUUUAUGCGUUUUAUUAAACAACGUGAAAGCAGUCGUUGUAGUACUCGAAAUAAAACUCACCAGAAUAUUUCAUUAAAUCUUGAUAAAGCUUCAAGUAAAAAUAAAAAUUCUUCUGUAAAGAACAUUAUGAGAAAUAAGACUUAUGAAGUUACACUAACUGUGGAUCCAGAAAAGAAACAAAAUUUAGGAAGAAGAGCUUCUAAAUGCGAAGCUUUUUUGGGUAUAAUACCCGGAAUAUCAUCGGAUGGAACAAAAGUUGUAGUCACUGGUUUUGUUCCGCAUGGAGAAGCAAUAAAAUCACAAUGUAUAAAGGAAGGUGAUUAUUUGCAACGUAUCAACUCGACGAGUGUUACAUUCGAGAAUCUGAAUAGUAUUCUUUUAAAUAUUGUCUCUGCUACCGAUGUACUAUUGGAAUUUCAGCGAAUCACGAUCAAUAAAACGGAAAAUUUUCCUACUAUGAAUACUCCAACGCAAUCUCCAUUAGUUAAACAUAUUGUCGAUCAAAGCAAAUGUAAAUCUCACAUGGAAAAUAUGUCGAAAGAUUCCUUUGGAAUUAUGUUUGUGAAAGCUACAAAUCUGGCUGAAGUGGUACCUGAGUCGCAAGAUAUUAUAUACGCUUUUCCCAAAAUAGAAGAUAUGAUGCAAGAAACAUUACUUUCUGUAACAAGAGGAGCGUUUGUCACAUUAAAUCACAUGAUAACUGAUAUAUUAGGACCCAAUUCAAUAAGUUCUACCAUACUUUGCAAAAAGCAAAAAGUUUACGUGUCGUACACUGCUCGAGAGGAUAAUUUACUACUAAUAUCUCUACCCAGUAAUUGUUGCGACGAACAUCAAGCUGUGGAAAUAAAUUCCGAUAUCGUUCGAAUGCUCGAAUUUCUAUAUGGGAAUUUGACCCAAUGUUUCACAUCAUUAGAAAAUCACUCAUCAUUGAAUCAUUUACUUUUUCUCAUUUGCCAACGGAUUCAAUUAAAAAAAUCCACUGACUCAUCAAACGAUACAGCAGAUUCAUGUAAUUUUGAAACUAUUUUACCUGCCGCUCAAUUAAUUCGUUUGCCGAAAGAAGCACAUAUACAAAUAGACUCGGCUUUAAAUGAAAUGGAAGCUAUGGAUUAUCGAGAUUGGAAUGAAGAUCCAAUGAACUGUCAGCGUCUAUAUACAGUGAUUGGUAGUUGUUUGUAUCAUAAAAGUUACUUGAUAGGAUCUCAUCUACCACACGAUAAUCUAAUUAAUGUGAAUUCAUUCCUACGGAAUUAUGGACUACUAAAUUUGGUUACGAAUGAAUCCCUAAAAGCAUUAAUUAUAUGGAAAAAAGUUUACCCUUCCUUGCCUACAGAAGAAUUUUUAAACAAUUCCAAGGCAUCUGCAUUUCCUCAGAAUCAGUAUUUUUUACUUAUUGUUGGAUUUAAGAAUGAUUUGUUGGCUGUUAUUUUUGAAUCUGGAGGAUGUACUGCAAAAAUUGAAGAAAACGUUGGUCCAAAUCCAUUUUAUGUAGAAGAAGCUCAAGAGACAUUGCAACAUAUACAAAAAAUUGGAAUAACAACAUUGGCGGAAAAAUGGAUUUUAGUUAAUACUAUGGUAGACGCAUUAAAUAAGGAACAAACUUCUUUAAGAUCAUCCACUAGCAUUGCAGAAAAUAUCUUUGGAUUCAUUAAAUCUUCUGAUAUGCAAAAUUCUUCUGAUAAAACUAAUUCUAUAUCAUCGUGUAAAAAAAUGCAAGAAAUACUUUCUACUAAACACAAUAGUGAGGAUAAUACUAUGGCUUCUGGAUCAGUUUAUUCCUUACAAGCAUCGGAUGAUUCUCAGAGUCAAGGAACAGGAGUCGUUAGCGAAAUGAGUGAUGAAGCUGUUCCUAUUCUAGGUCGUCGAGCAAUUAGAGAAAAAAUAAAUAUUGCUUUAAAAUAUUCAGAGGAUAGUGACUCCGAUGUGGAUAUUUAUAAAAAUGAGAAGCAAGGGAACAACAUGGACAUUUCCAGUAUCAGAGACAGCCUUUUAUGCGAAGCAGAAUAUAUUUCAUCUCAUGUAUUGACGGUGGGAGAAGGAAAUUAUUUACUUCAUUAUUUACAUUUAGAUUUGUGCGAAGGUAUUUUAAUAUCAUCAUUCUCUGACAAAUGUGCCACGAAAAAUUCAGAAGUAAUUAGCAAAUUUUCUAGUUGUGUACAAAUGAUGCACACAUGCUUGCAAAAUACUUUGCGAUAUAGAAAAAUUGCAAAUCAAGACGUUGAAAAGAGUGUAGUUAACAAAAGUUUGGUAUCAACCAAAGAGUAUGGAACAUUAUUUGUAUGGAACAAUCAAACAUACUGGGUGGUAGGAAGAAUACUUUCUCAUCCAAGGGAGAAAGAAGUCUAUGUUUGCUAUCAAGAUUCUACUCCUCAAAAUUUAGUAGAAAUGACAUUUCGCCUAAAUGCGAUAAACUAAAUUCUUGUUAUUAUUGUUAUUACAUAGAAAUUGAUUUUUCAGAUAUGAAUAAUUAUCCAGAAAACUUGUUCAUAUUUUUGUAUUGUUAUAUUUUAAAAGACUGAAGAAUUGCAUUUAAUGCUUUCUUUUUUAAAAUAAAAUUUUUAAUAAAAAAUUUUUUUAUAAAAUUAAAA